CUCAAUGCCGUCCUGCUCCUUCUCCAUCACCGCCGGGUGGUGGUGGUAGUGAUGGUGGCGGCGGCGGUGAUGAUGAUGAUGAUGAUGAUGAUACACGCGAACGGCGGAUCGCAUGCACGCGCGCCAUGCACACGCUCGUGCAGCCGCCUAGUCACCGUUUCGCGCGCCGCGGUUGCGUUUUCUUUUUUUUUUUUUUUCCUUUUUACCCUUCUAAUGUAUUGAUUGUACCACCUGUUCCGGAGUCAUAAGGACGCGUGCCUUGUCUGUCAUGGAACAUCUCAAUGUGUGAAAAACGGGGGCUUGGAGAGGAGAUGACACAGAGCGGGGACCUCAGGAGGUGGACCUCUUUUUAAUCUUUUCUCUAUUUUUUUCCGGUUUUAUUUAUUUUUUUGACUGCAAUCUGCCGCACUUGCCAAGAUUGCGUGGUGUCUGAGUGUCUGUGCGUGUGUGCGCGCGUGUGCGCGCGUGUCUGUGUGUGUGUGUGCGUGUGCGUGUGUUUUUUUUUCCCCCUGGCUUCCACGGCAGCACCGCGCGCACUUGACGCACAUCCAGGGGACUAUGUGAACACCAUGCUGGCGCUGCGGUGCCUCAUGUUUGCUGCAGUGGGUGCAGGCUGGAGCGGCUCCCUCGUGCGCGAUGCGGCUCCGCGCGGCCGGUCGGCGCUGCUGCUUCGGCACCACGGAGAGCGCGCGGAGAAGGCGGCGGCGGCGGCGGCGAUCACGCGCACGCACGCGACCGAACCCCGGCGCCUCGUGCACAGUGUGGACGCAGAGGGGGAGCAGCUGCACAGUCACCUGGACACCCGGGUGAAGAACCGCACCGAUGGCGAGACGCCCAUCCACCUGGCCCAGAGCACGUUUCUCGUAGAGGCCUUUGGGAGCUCCUUCAUCCUGGACCUGGAAUUAAACCACCAUCUGCUGUCGUCUGACUACGUAGAGCGGCACUUUGGCGAAGACGGCAAGCUGACCCAGACUGCGGGUGGAGAGCACUGCUACUACCACGGGCGACUGCGCGAUGUACCCAACUCCUGGGCAGCCCUCUCCACCUGCCACGGCCUUUACGGCAUGUUCUCCGAUGGCAUCUUCUCCUACGGCAUAGAGCCCAUUCUCAGUGGGAAUGAGCGGGCUGGGAACCUACACAUGGUCUACAAGAUGCCCGAUCUGGAUCUGCCCUCUUCUUGCCCAGGUUGCACGCUGAACAGUAGUGACUCCCAAGAGAGUAUCACUACAGAGGAGCCAAGACAUCCCGAAGGACUGAGACGGUCCAGAAGACAGGUGCGACGACCCCAGUACACGGUCCUCACUGAGACUAAGUACAUUGAGCUGCUGGUGGUCAAUGAUCAUGACCUGUUUCUGCAGCUGCGGAGUUCCGCCUCCCAGACGAGGAACUUUGCCAAAGCAGUGGUGAACAUGGCAGAUGCGAUCUACAAGGAGCAGCUCAACACGCGGAUAGUGCUGGUUGCCAUGGAAACGUGGUCAUCCGGGAACAUGGUGUCCGUCGGCACCGACCCCCUCAUGACCCUGCGCGACUUCAUGAAGUACAGGAAGGAGAACAUCAAGGAGCCGAGCGACGCGGCCCACCUCUUCUCGGGGCGCACUUUCCACAGCAGCCGCAGCGGCACGGCCUACAUGGGUGGCAUCUGCUCUCCGACCCGAGGAGGGGGCGUCAAUGAGCAGGGGAACGUCGGCACCAUGGCCAUCACGCUGUGUCAGAGCUUGGGCCAGAACCUGGGCAUGAUGUGGAACACGGACCGCAGCGCUGCAGGAGACUGCAGGUGUCCAGACCCCUGGCUGGGCUGCAUCAUGGAGGACACUGGGUUCUACAUCCCCAGGAAGUUUGCGCGCUGCAGUGUGGAGGAGUACAUGCGCUUCCUGGAGAGAGGCGGCGGGAACUGUCUCUUCAACAAACCCGUGAAGCUGCUGGACCCCCCGGAGUGCGGAAACGGAUUCGUGGAGAGCGGCGAAGAAUGUGACUGUGGCUCUCAGGUGGAGUGCGCGCGGAACGGAGGGACCUGCUGUAAGAAGUGCACGCUUUCCCACGAUGCCAUGUGCAGCAACGGCCUGUGCUGUAGGGGCUGCAGGUACGAGCUACGUGGGGUCGUGUGCCGGGAGGCGGUGAACGACUGCGAUGUCCCCGAGACCUGCACCGGAGACUCCAGCCAGUGUCCGCACAACGUGCACAAGCUGGACGGAUACCCGUGUGACAACAGCCAGGGACGGUGCUACGACGGCCGCUGCCGGACGCGCGACGCCCAGUGUCAGGGCCUCUGGGGCCACGUGUCGGCAGAUCGGUUCUGCUACGAGAAGCUCAACGCCGAGGGCACGGAGAAGGGCAACUGCGGGCGCGACGCCGGCGGCCAGGGCUGGGUCCAGUGCCACAAACAGGAUGUGCUGUGUGGAUUCCUCCUGUGCGCCAACAUGACGGCAAAACCCUUGUCCGGAGUCCUCCAGGGCGAGGUCACCAGCCUGACCAUCUACCACCAGAACAAGUACAUGGAGUGUCGCGGAGGUCAUGCCGCGCUAGAUGACGGCUCUGACUUGGGCUACGUGGAGGACGGCACUCCCUGUGGCCCCAACAUGAUGUGCCUCGACCGGCGCUGCCUCCCGCUGGCCGCAUUCAACCUCAGUACCUGCCCCGGUUCUUCCUCCAGCCACACGUGCUCUGACCAUGGGAUUUGCAGCAACGAGGUGAAGUGCAUCUGUGACAGAGACUACACAGGGAAAGACUGCAGUGUCUUCGACCCCAUCCCUGAGCCCGCGCUCCCAGAUGCACCGGAGAAAAAGGGUCCCAGUGGCACCAAUAUCAUUAUAGGGUCCAUUGCAGGGGCAAUUCUCCUGGCAGCUAUAGUCCUGGGGGGAACAGGAUGGGGAUUUAAAAACAUUCGAAGAGGAAGAUCUGGUGGGGGAUAAGAUGUAAGUCUUCAGUGUCACUCCGUCCUUCUCGCAUCCAAGAAAAAAGUCUUCCGCUCAUUCCGAAACCUACAGCCGCAACGAGUUCUCCCGACUCGCCUUCCUCCGCUCCUUACCCCAACCCGAUCGUGUCCCCAUUCCCUCGUGCCACUUCUGCCACAGAACAAAGCCCAAACCCCACUGCCCACCACGCCCAGGAAAAGCGUCCCCGUUCCAGCAGCACGACUCACCUUAGUCCCCCAACACCCAUGGGGUUCGGUCCUUGGGCCACCAUCUCAAACAGGUCUCUGGAGCCCCUCUUGCCUUGGGAGAACUACCAAUGGAAAGUGAACGCACCAGCUUAGGAAGAGGUCUGACCUUCUUUCCAAAGGCAUUCUCUCAAUGACGUUGACUUUGGGGGGCCAACGGCCGGCCUCGAGCACUGCGCAUAGACCUUCUACGCUACAUGACUAAACUGCCAAUUUUCACGAAAUUUUGUUGGAUGCAAGUUUGAGGUGGUCUUAAAAAUUGUUCUGGAAGGUCAUUCAGUCAAGUGAGGAAAUGCCCCUGCUUUUAGAUGGGGUUUCCCAUCUUCCCAGGUUAAACAAGACUGGCAAGGAUAUUUUGUCAAACAGGACAGGCAUGGAAAGCCACUUUAAGUUCUCUUUUUUCAACGGCUUAGGAGGCACACGUCUCGCGUGGAUCAAAGGUGCAGCUUCGAUGUAGUGUUGCAAACAAGAGGGAAACCACACAACCUUUUACGUCUCCUUUCCGCUGAGAAGAAAUGGUCUGUCUGGGAUUUCUAACGAUUCAAAUACAAUUUGCAGUAGAUAUUCAAAACCUUUUGAUUUUGAAGAACAUCGUCUUUGCUCUUCUCUCCAGUCUGCUUUUUUUGACAGACCUCGAAGAUACCCUUGUUUUUAACAAACAUGACACCGUUCUUUUAAACAAAUUCUCUCUCACACCCACGGUGAUACAGCAGUGUUUAAAUUCCGAUCACAUGCAUAUUAACGUCUGAAUGUGCAUGUAUACGAGCAUGAGAUGUGUGUUUUAUAUUAGAGUGCUAAAUGUGGUUGUUGUGGGAGAUGAAAUGAGAGGAUGUUGCUCCUCCCCCACUGCUGGGUAGUUAUAUCACACAAUAACCAGCUGACACAAUACGAAACUGAUCCAUUUUGCAUCACCCGUGAAUGACAACAGUCAACAGCUCCUGCCAUUUGUGAUUCCGGAAAACAACCGGUUUAUGCACUUGGGACACUUGGCAAAGUAACCGUCAGACGGACUUGAUGUAACCAAAGGGUGGCACUGAAGGGACGCUGCUGCUGUGUGAGUGAAGAAGUCGUUUGGAGACGGUUGUGUCUUGUGCAGCCUGGGUCCGCGGGCGUCGCAAGCCUGUUGGACGAGUCACGGAUGACGCCUGCCGACCAUCUACAGAGCCUCUCACCGCACUACCCACCUCGCACGAAAGGCACGGCACGUCUAAUUCCGCCAGAGCGGCGCGGUUUGUCGCCGUCUACAGGCGCCGAUCUCCAUCGCAGACAAGCACAACGAAACCAAAGCGGAGUCCGAGACGAAGUAGCCUGGAUUCGCGAGCGCGGCCUAACGGAACAGAACGAUUCUAUAACCCCUGUUGGCAACACAGUUCACUGCCAGUACAUUUUUAGCCCCAGAGAAGAGUUCCUUGUCGCAGGAGGACGCGGUAGGGCCGUACCUGUGGCGCUGGGGUGCCUGUGCUUCUUCAGUGUCUAUUGACAACUUCUCUCCAGCGAGCACCUGCCACCGCAGUCGAGUCCAUCGUCAGUCUGCUGUAUCGUAUUCUCUCCAAUGCUGCACUGUGGUUCCGUUGUACUGAUGACCGGUGACUAAAGACCCUUUACUCUUAAGCACUUUAGCUUGUUGGAUCAAAGAUGCAUCCAUGCAAAGUAGUUACGUCAUAAUUACUUACUUUGGAGAACAAACUCGGGGAUUGAAUUCGAGCUCCUGCCUGACUAAUUUUCUAGGGGCCGUUUCUAACGAAUGCUUCGUUCGGCCAGUCGCCUGUCCCCAGAACUUUCGUACAAAUUGGAAUACGCCAAUUACUGCAAAAUCAGGACCAACUCUGACAUCCGAGGGGAACGAAACCCUGCUAAUGAACCCUGACUUUAAAUCGCACCCCCCCUUUGCCGACGGCCUCGAAAAUUUGAAUUUUCAUGUAUCUACCAGUGCUGCAAAACUACAGUGCUUAAAAAAAGGGAGUACAAAUGAAGAAUUUGUACAUUUUGCACUGUGUGUUGAUCGUCAUAUGCAUACAUUUAGAUGUAUAUUUGUACACCAAGACAUGGUACAUUUCAUACAUAGGAAGAAAAAAAAAAACGUGCCAUAAUUAAAAUGGUAUUUUACCUAUCAAUCUGUAAUGUCUGGAAAUAUAUAUUUAUCCUUUCCACUCUGUAUAUAUCGCAAUGCCUCCCCCAACUAGCUUUUUCUCAGUAUGCUCUUUCUGUACAUAGAAUAAAAUAGGCACUGUAGAUGAGCUGACUGAUUGGGGGCGUGAGCUCAGCAUGAAAUCCCAGUCUGAAUGUGUCUGACUUCUGCUAUUGAAUGUUCAUUGUUUAUGAAUGCACUUUUCUUGUUAAAUUGCUGUCCAACACAUUGAGUUUCAAUUCAGGAUGGAGAGCAACAGCUCUGCCCAGGCAGUCAACCUCAUAUUUUUAAAGUCCUUUUUUUAAAGGGUGCUUGAACAGAGUGAGUUAAAAAAUGUAUAUAUUUAGGUGGAAAGAAGAAGGAAAAAAUAAAAC